AUGUCGUCGGGCAAGGUUAAGGCCGUCCAGCUCUGGGACAAGAGCAAGGACGAUUUGACGAAGCAGCUCGCCGAGCUCAAGACCGAGCUGGGCCAGCUCCGCAUCCAGAAGGUCGUCUCGUCCGGCUCCAAGCUGAACAAGAUCCACGACCUGCGAAAGUCCAUCGCCCGCGUCCUCACCGUCAUCAACGCCAAGCAACGCUCGCAGCUCCGCCUCUUCUACAAGAACAAGAAGUACGCUCCCCUCGACCUCCGCGCCAAGCAGACCCGCGCCAUCCGCCGCCGCCUGUCACCCGAGGACAAGGCCCGCGUCCUGGAGAAGACCAAGAAGCGCAGCACCCACUUCCCCCAAAGGAAGUACGCCAUCAAGGCCUAA